GGGGCUCGCUCUGGAGCGUCUCCUAGCAACCGGGGCGGGGCGCUGGGAGCCGCGCGGAGAUGGAGCCGCAGCGGGGCCGCGCGGCAGCUGCCCUGCUGUCAGAGUCCUUGCCCGGCCGGAGGCGGCGUGAGGAGGUGCAGGGGGCGCCGGAGCCCACACAGCAGAGCAGCAGUUGGGCCAAGCGCCUGCUGGGCUUCGAAUGGGCUGAUGUGUCCAGCUGGCACCGCUUCGUCUGCCUGCUCAACAGACCCACGGACCCGGCCUCCCUGGGCAUCUUCCGCUUCCUGUUCGGGUUGCUGAUGGCCCUGGACAUCCCCCAGGAGCGCGGCCUGAGCUAUCUGGACCAUAAGUACCUGGAUGGGCUGGAGGUCUGUCGCUUCCCCCUCUUCAACUUCCUGGAGCCCCUGCCGCUGGACUGGAUGUACCUGCUCUACACAGUCAUGCUGCUGGGUGCCCUGGGGAUCAUGCUGGGCUGCUGCUACCGGCUGAGCUGCCUGCUCUUCAUGCUGCCCUAUUGGUACGUCUUCUUCUUGGACAAGACGGCCUGGAACAACCACUCCUACCUCUACGGCCUCCUCGGCUUCCAGCUCACCCUCAUGGACGCCAACCGCUACUGGUCCAUCGAUGGGCUCCGGCACCCGCGGAAGAGGAACGCUCACGUGCCCCUGUGGAACUACACGGUGCUGCGCAUGCAGAUCUUCAUCGUCUACUUCAUUGCGGGCAUCAAGAAGCUGGACGCUGACUGGGUGGAAGGCUACUCCAUGGGGUCGCUGUCCCGCCACUGGCUCUUCGACCCCUUCAAGCUGGUGCUGUCUGAGGAGAUGACCAGCCUGCUGGUGGUGCAUGGCGGAGGCCUGGUGCUGGACCUGACAGCUGGUUACCUGCUGUUCUUCGACACCACCCGCCCGGCAGCGCUCGUCUUCGUCUCCUACUUCCACUGCAUGAACUCGCAGCUCUUCAGCAUUGGCAUGUUCUCCUACACCAUGCUUGCCACCAGCCCCUUGUUCUGCUCCCCGGACUGGCCGCGCCGCCUGGGUGCCAGGUUCCCGGCCUGUCUCCGAAGGCUCCUGCCCUCCGUGGAGCCGCCGCAGCCCAGCGAGGCGUGCGUGUACAGGGGGUCCGAGCGCAAGGGCCGGGGCAGGGGGGAGCGAGGGCCGGGGCUGCGCCAGAAGCUGGGGGCCCUCUUCACCGUGCUGUACGUGCUGGAGCAGCUCUUCCUGCCCUACUCCCAUUUCAUCACCCAGGGCUACAACAACUGGACCAAGGGGCUGUACGGCUACUCGUGGGACAUGAUGGUCCAUUCCCGCUCCCACCAGCACGUGAAGAUCACCUACCGGGAUGGUGUGACCGGGGAGCUGGGCUACCUCAACCCUGGGGUGUUCACCCAGAGCCGGCGCUGGAAGGACCACGCUGACAUGCUGAAGCAGUACGCCACCUGCCUGAGCCGCCUGCUACACAACUACAACAUCUCGCAGCCUGAGAUCUACUUCGACAUCUGGGUCUCUAUCAACGACCGCUUCCAGCAGAGGCUCUUCGACCCGCAGGUGGACAUCGUGCGGGCCGAGUGGUCUCCCUUCCGCCACACUCCAUGGCUCAAGCCGCUGCUGGUCAACCUGUCCCCCUGGAGGGCAAAGCUGCAGGAGAUCGAGAGCUCGCUGGACAACCAGACGGAGGUGGUUUUCAUCGCUGAUUUCCCAGGCCUGCACCUGGAGAACUUUGUGAGUGAGGACCUGGGCAACACGAGCCUGCAGCUGCUGAAGGGGGAGGUUGUGGUGGAGAUCAUCAAGGAGCAGAGGAACUACACGCUGCAGGAAGGGGACAGGAUGCAGCUGCCCCCGGGCGAGUACCACAAGGUGCACACGGUGUCGCCAGAGCCCUCCUGCUACAUGUACGUCUACAUCAACACCACGGACGUGGCCCUGGAGCGGAACCUGACCCAGCUGCAGGAGCUGCGGGACAAGGUGCAGAACGGCAGCGAGACGGAGCCCCUGCCCCCAGAGCUGCAGCCCAUCCUAGAUGGUGCCCUGGGGGACGCCAUGCAGACUGACCCCGUCGUCCAGGCCUUCGUGCGGCGCCAGCAGCGAUUGGAGGAGCUGCAGAGACGGCGAAACGCCACGCUCGGGGAGCGGCUGCAGCGCUUCGCUGCCAGGAAGUACUUCCUGUUCCGCCGGAGCUUCCUGAUGACCUGGAUUUCGCUCAGGAACCUGGCGCUGGGGCGCCCGUCCCUGGAGCACCUGGCGCGGGAGGUGGCCUACGCCAACAUGCAGCAGGAGGCGGGUGCAGCGGGGACGGAGGGGGUGCAGAAGGAGCCAGAGCGGGCUGAGCUCUGACCCUACGGGGGACGGCCCAAGGACACAUUGCAGACGAGGGAUCCCCUCCCCCCCCCCAAUCUCAGCUUGGAAUAGGCUCAUGCCCUUGGGUCCUCCCGCUUCUGCUGGGCUGAUGGGAAGCAGUGCUCACGCAAGGGGGACCAGGCCCCUGCUCACAGCCCGAGACCCUCGAGUGAAAAGUCCUGGUGAGCGUCAGGCCU